AUGGCUCCGGCUCAACGACGAGGGCCUUGGGUUCCUGAGAAGGAUCAGACUCUACUGCAGCUGUAUCGAUCGCCCAAGCAAUGCAGAGAAAGAUUUCACCAGAAUCUGAAACCAACACUGAACCAUGAGCCUAUUUCUGCUGAGGAAGGACUGAUGAUAGAGAGGAUGGUGCACGAGAUGGGAAAAAGAUGGGCGGAGAUUGCACGGAGAUUGGGGAACCGAAGCGAUAACGCCGUCAAGAACUGGUGGAAUGGGUCGAUGAACCGGAAACGGAGGGGAUUGGCGAUUCAGGCCAGAGAGAGGCUUUCGCCAUCCUCUCGCACAUUGAAUGGUCGAGUCGAACCUCCUUAUCAUCCCAUACAUCCAAUGUCGAUGUCCGGCCCGUGUGAUCGAAGCCAUUAUCAAGAGGCCAACUUUGGGGCUCAAAAACCGUCCUGGGUUUCUUCUCCUCAACGUGGACAGCAGCAACUCUCUGUCAGAUUACAGUAUCCUCAUGCCGACCCGAGAGAACGAAGGGGACCACACUCGCCGACAGAGUACGGAUAUGGAUCUCAGCUGGAAUGGUCGAGGCCAGAGGUUGACCAUCGAUCUCCAACUAGAAGCCAACGCCAUCUCAGCCCGAUAGUUACCUAUAUGCCUCCUAUGCAUACGGAAUCGGGCGCUAUGUUUUCUCCUUCUACGACCUCGGAGAGGUCACACUCGACCUCAGCCGGACCUCCCUCGAUGGUUUCCGACCACAAUUCGAUCUGCUCUGCAUCGCCUAGAACCGCUACAUCCCCUUCGCUAAACCCAAUCCCAGUUGAAAUUCUCCCAGGGCAAGACCUGCGGCGUAGAGGCAGUGCUCCAACCCUCCAAUCGCCUUCUAGCUCGGCAGGCCUUGACGAAAGUUACUACGAUUCGAAAAAUAUUGAAUGUUUUCCGGAACCUGCCGUUCUCCGCCAAUGGGGUCCAGAUAUCUCCACUGUGCAUUCGCAUUCUCAUGAACCUCAUCGACACCAGCAUUGGAAGCACGAACAUUCCAAUUCAGCCCCUCAUAACCAGUUUACUCCGGCCCUGGGGUCGCGAACUCAAGCUCCAUCACCACCACCUCGUGACUCAAGAAUGGGACUUCAGACAUUGCUAAAUUAA